UGUAACAUCUGCAAAAAUGGCUUCAAUCGAAGUUCUGUUUAAUCCGACAUGGAUCAUUACAGCAGCUUUAGCUGUGGCUCUGACGGCAUGUGUAUUGAAGAGUAUGAGAAGAGGAUCAAGGGAGAAGAAAAAAUACACUCCUGUUGGGGGCACCGUCUUCCACAUGUUGCUCAACUUCGACAGGCUGCAUCAUUAUCUGACUGAUUUGGCUAGAAAGUACAGGACUUUCAGGAUGCUCAACUUUUCCAGGUGCGAGGUGUACACUUCAGACCCUGCAAAUGUUGAGUACAUUCUCAAAACCAACUUUGCAAAUUAUGGCAGGGGACCAUACCACCACAGCGUUUUGGAGGACCUUCUUGGCGAUGGGAUUUUCACGGUAGAUGGAGAAAAGUGGCGAAAUCAGAGGAAGACGUCUAGUUACGAAUUCUCUACCAAAAUCUUGAGGGACUUCAGCAGUGGAGUCUUCAGAACUAAUGCAUCAAAACUUGCUAGGCUAGUAUCAGAAGCAGUGGCAUCAAAUCAGACAAUGGAUGUCCAAGAUUUGUUUAUGAAAUCAGCCCUGGACUCAGUUUUUAAGGUUGUACUUGGAGUGGAACUCGACAGCAUGUGCGGAACAAAUGAAGAAGGCACACGAUUUUCUCGUUGUUUUGAUGAAGCAAGUGCAAUCACCCUGUAUCGCUAUGUUGAUUUACCCUGGAAAUUGAAAAGAUUUCUGAACCUUGGAUCAGAAGCAAAAUUGAGGAACAAUGUCAAAGUUAUUGAUGAAUAUGUCUAUAAAAUCAUCAGAAGCAAGACAGAACAACUGCACAAGUCGCGGGAUGAUUGGCUAAUGAAGAAAGAAGACAUUCUGUCAAGGUUUCUGGAAAAUAAUGAAACGGAUCCGAAGUAUCUAAAAGAUAUCAUUCUUAGCUUCAUAAUUGCUGGGAAGGACACAACAGCUAGUACUCUUUCCUGGUUCUUUUACAUGAUGUGCAAGCACCCUCACAUGCAAGAGAGAAUUGCAGAUGAGGUGGUAAAAGCAACAAAUGUGAAGGGCAAUCCUUUGACGGAUGAAUUAGCGAACAACAUCACUGAAGAAGCACUUGACAAAAUGCAGUAUCUUCAUGCAGCCUUGACCGAAACACUCAGACUGUAUCCUGCUGUUCCUCUGGAUGGGAAGUUUUGCUUUUCUGAUGAUACAUUCCCAGAUGGACUCAGUAUCAGGAAAGGGGACACCAUCUCGUACCAGCCUUGGGCUAUGGGCAGGAUGAAAUUCAUAUGGGGUGAAGAUGCAGAAGAUUUCCGCCCAGAGAGAUGGCUCAAUGAAAAUGGUGUUUUUCAACAAGAAAGUCCUUUUAAGUUCCCUGCUUUCCAGGCAGGACCGAGGAUCUGUCUUGGAAAGGAGUUUGCUUACAGGCAGAUGAAAAUCUUUUCAGCUGUAUUGUUGGGCAGUUUCACAUUCAAAUUGAGUGACAAACAGAAAGUGGUCAAGUAUAAGACAAUGCUAACUUUGCAUGUGGAUGGAGGCCUCCAUGUUCAAGCUUCCCCUAGAUGGCGUGACAUAAAUCCUUAAGGUGCUCAGCCACCUUAUCAUUGUACACUUUGUUCUAUCCUAUAAACCUAGAAAUCUA